AGAUCGUUCGAACGUGUCAGUACACCUGUUGUCCAGACAUGGAGAGGACUUUUGUGAUCUUGACGUGCUUUUGCGCCUUUGUUUACACACAAACACAGUAUCAGCCUUUUGGACAGACAAAUCGCUUCCAAAAUCAGUACCAGGAACAAGCACCAGUCAGGCCUACUGGACAAUGCAGGGAACUGAACGAAAGGUAUCCAGUGUCCGGAAGCUGCGACAGAUAUAUUGAAUGCAUCAAUGGAACCGCUGAAGAGAAACUAUGCCCCGAUGGUCUCCGUUACAAUCCCAACGUGAAUUUCGAUGUAUAUCCGUGCCAGUACCCUAACGAAGUGCCGUGUCUCGAACGAUCCUCGCUACAGCCACCGCAACCGACAGAAUUGUGUCCCCAUCAAUUCGGAUACUUCAAAUUAGGCGACGCCCGCAAUUGCAGCGGAUUCAGAAACUGCGUGAACGGUGUAGGCUACGAUUUUGUAUGUCCCGACGGACUGGCUUUCAAUUCUGAGACCUACCGCUGCGAAUGGCCUGAUGAAGUCGCCGACUGCGAUGCUGAAGCUUUCCUCGGAUUCCGUUGCCCCGAAGUACCAAUAAGUAGAGAACUUGGUCCCCCAGCCGGAUAUAGAUACUACAGGUCUGACAACAAUUGCCAGAAGUAUUUCCUGUGCAUCGAUGGGCAUCCUCGCGUCCUCUAUUGCGGUGGUGAGUCCGCAUUCGACGAUCUAACCUCAACAUGUGUCUCCGCCGAUGAAGUAGGAGCAUGUCCUGCUGAGCUAAGGGCCGCAGCAGUCCGUGCCAAGGACGACGCAAAGCAACUGCUCGCCAAAGAAGUCGAAUUCAAUGCGUAUCAGCUAACACGAAAACCGUCAUUAAGCUAUAGAAAUUAAGUCUUGCACUUGGCACAUUAAAAUGGUUGGAAAUAAGACUAUUUCUAAAACACAUUUUGUCUAGUCUAAUUAUUAAGUUACCUAUUUUUACAAUGUUUUUUUUAAUAAAUAACUUCCUGUUUCAAUAUAAUCAAAUCUAGAAGCAUUAUUCUAAAUGAUAAUGGAAUUGUUUAUCCAAGUUCAUUAAACAAUUUGUUAUUAAUUAUGUCAUACAAAGCAA